AUGGCGGUGCGGAAGAAGGACGGCGGCCCCAACGUGAAGUACUACGAGGCCGCGGACACCGUGACCCAGUUCGACAACGUGCGGCUGUGGCUCGGCAAGAACUACAAGAAGUAUAUACAAGCCGAGCCGCCCACCAACAAGUCCCUGUCUAGCCUGGUUGUACAGCUGCUGCAAUUUCAGGAAGAAGUUUUUGGCAAACAUGUCAGCAAUGCACCGCUCACUAAACUGCCGAUCAAAUGUUUCCUAGAUUUCAAAGCAGGAGGCUCCCUAUGCCACAUACUUGCAGCAGCCUACAAGUUCAAGAGUGACCAGGGAUGGCGGCGUUACGAUUUCCAGAAUCCAUCACGCAUGGACCGCAACGUGGAAAUGUUCAUGACCAUUGAGAAGUCCUUGGUGCAGAAUAAUUGCCUGUCUCGACCUAACAUUUUUCUGUGCCCAGAAAUUGAACCCAAACUGCUAGGGAAACUAAAAGACAUUAUCAAGAGACAUCAGGGAACGGUCACUGAGGAUAAGAACAGCGCUUCCCACGUUGUGUAUCCCGUGCCAGGGAACCUGGAGGAAGAGGAAUGGGUACGGCCGGUCAUGAAGAGAGAUAAGCAGGUUCUUCUGCACUGGGGCUACUAUCCUGACAGUUAUGACACGUGGAUCCCAGCCAGUGAAAUUGAAGCAUCUGUGGAAGAUGCUCCAACUCCUGAGAAGCCUCGGAAGGUUCAUGCAAAAUGGAUCCUGGACACAGACACCUUCAAUGAAUGGAUGAAUGAGGAAGACUACGAAGUAAAUGAUGACAAAAACCCUGUCUCCCGCCGAAAGAAGAUUUCAGCCAAGACGCUGACAGAUGAGGUCAACAGCCCAGACUCGGACCGACGGGACAAGAAGGGGGGCAACUAUAAGAAGAGGAAGCGCUCCCCCUCCCCGUCACCAACCCCAGAAGCCAAGAAGAAGAAUGCUAAGAAGGGCCCCUCAACCCCUUACACCAAGUCAAAGCGAGGCCACAGAGAGGAGGAGCAGGAGGACCUGACGAAGGACAUGGAUGAGCCCUCGCCCGUCCCCAACGUGGAGGAGGUGACGCUGCCCAAGACAGUCAACACCAAGAAGGACUCGGAGUCAGCCCCAGUCAAAGGAGGCACCAUGACCGACCUGGAUGAACAAGAGGAUGAGAGCAUGGAGACCAUGGGCAAGGACGAGGACGAGAGCAGCCCGGGCAACAAGGGGGAGCAGACCAAGAACCCGGAGCUGCAUGAGGACAACGUGACCGAGCAGACCCACCACAUCAUCAUCCCCAGCUACGCGGCCUGGUUUGACUACAACAGUGUUCACGCCAUCGAACGGAGGGCUCUCCCCGAGUUCUUCAAUGGCAAGAACAAGUCCAAGACUCCAGAAAUCUACCUGGCCUAUCGGAACUUCAUGAUUGACACUUACCGGCUGAACCCCCAGGAGUACCUCACGUCCACCGCCUGUCGCAGGAACCUGGCGGGGGAUGUCUGUGCCAUCAUGAGGGUCCAUGCCUUCCUAGAACAGUGGGGUCUCAUCAACUACCAGGUGGAUGCCGAGAGUCGACCAACUCCGAUGGGGCCUCCGCCCACUUCUCACUUCCACGUCUUGGCGGACACACCGUCCGGGCUGGUGCCGCUGCAGCCCAAGACCCCGCAGAACUCCGCUUCCCAGCAAAUGCUCAGCUUCCCCGACAAAGGCAAGGAGAAACCGGCGGACAUGCAGAACUUCGGGCUGCGCACGGACAUGUACACGAAGAAGAACGUGCCCUCCAAGAGCAAAGCCGCAGCCAGCGCCACUCGCGAGUGGACAGAACAGGAGACCCUGCUGCUCCUGGAGGCGCUGGAGAUGUACAAGGACGACUGGAACAAGGUGUCCGAGCAUGUGGGCAGCCGCACGCAGGAUGAGUGCAUCUUGCAUUUCCUCCGGCUUCCCAUCGAAGACCCGUACCUGGAGGACUCGCAGGCCUCCCUGGGCCCCCUGGCCUACCAGCCCAUCCCCUUCAGCCAGUCAGGCAACCCUGUGAUGAGCACCGUUGCCUUCCUGGCCUCUGUCGUCGACCCUCGAGUGGCCUCAGCUGCUGCGAAGUCAGCCCUAGAAGAGUUCUCCAAAAUGAAGGAAGAGGUCCCCACAGCUUUGGUGGAGGCCCACGUUAGGAAAGUGGAAGAAGCUGCCAAAGUGACAGGCAAGGCGGACCCAGCCUUUGGUCUGGAAAGCAGUGGCAUCGCAGGGACCACCUCCGAUGAGCCGGAGAGGAUCGAGGAGAGCGGGACUGACGAGGCGCGGGCGGAGGGCCAGGCCACAGAGGAUAAGAAGGAACCCAAGGAACCUCGAGAAGGAGUUGGGAUUGCGGAGGAAGAAGCAAAGGAGAAGACCAGUGAGCCACCCAAGAAGGACGAUGAGAAGGGGAAAGACGGCGACAGCGAGAAGGAGUCAGAGAAGGGCGACGGAGACCCGACAGCGGAUCCUGAGAAGCAGAAGGAGCCCAAGGAGGGCCAGGAGGAGGUGCUGAAAGAAGCCGCGGAGUCGGAGGGGGAGCGGAAGACGAAGGUGGAGCGUGACAUCGGCGAGGGCAACCUCUCCACUGCCGCCGCCGCCGCCCUGGCUGCCGCUGCCGUGAAGGCCAAGCACUUGGCUGCCGUUGAGGAGAGGAAGAUCAAAUCUCUGGUGGCCCUGCUGGUGGAGACCCAGAUGAAAAAGCUGGAAAUCAAACUCCGGCACUUUGAGGAGCUAGAGACGAUCAUGGACCGGGAGCGGGAAGCGCUGGAGUACCAGAGGCAGCAGCUGCUGGCCGACAGACAAGCCUUCCACAUGGAGCAGCUGAAGUACGCGGAGAUGCGGGCCCGGCAGCAGCACUUCCAGCAGAUGCACCAGCAGCCGCCGCCGCCGCCGCCGGCCCUGCCCCCAGGCUCCCAGCCGGUCCCGCCUCCAGGCACCGCUGGGCCCCCCGCUGUCCACGGCUUGGCCAUGGCUCCAGCCUCUGUGGCCCCGGCCCCUGCGGGCAGUGGGGCCCCUCCUGGAAGCUUGGGGCCCUCCGAACAGCUCGGGCAGGCAGGGUCAACUGUGGGGCCACAGCAGCAGCCACCAGCUGGAGCCCCGCAGCCUGGGGCCGUCCCACCAGGGGUACCGCCCCCUGGACCCCAUGGCCCCUCACCGUUCCCCAACCAACAAACUCCCUCAGUGAUGCCAGGGGCAGUGCCGGGCAGCGGGCACCCAGGCGUGGCGGGUAAUGCUCCUUUGGGUUUGCCUUUCGGCAUGCCGCCUCCCCCUCCCGCAUCAUCCGUCAUCCCGUUUGGUAGCCUAGCCGACUCCAUCAGUAUUAACCUCCCCCCUCCUCCUAACCUGCAUGGGCAUCACCACCAUCUCCCGUUCGCCCCGGCCACGCUCCCCCCACCUAACCUGCCUGUGUCCAUGGCGAACCCUCCACACCCUAACCUGCCGGCGACCACCACCAUGCCAUCUUUGCCUCUCGGGCCGGGGCUCGGAUCCGCCGCAGCCCAGAGCCCUGCCAUUGUGGCGGCUGUUCAGGGCAACCUGCUGCCCACUGCCAGCCCGCUGCCAGACCCAGGCACCCCCCUGCCUCCAGACCCCACGGCCCCGAGCCCAGGCACAGUCACCCCCGUGCCACCCCCACAGUGA